AUGGCAAACCCUUCGCCGUGGCCGUCCGCGGGGGCCAACGAUUCCGGUCCCGACGGCUUACCUGCUAACUUGCCGCAACCGGCCGCCCUGGCCCUGCUCGACUUCCUUUUCCCCGGCUUCUCGAUGCUGGCCAGCGCGAUACAGAAGUAUCUGCAUAUCGACUUGACCCUUUACAUUCCCCUCCUACUUUUAAGCGGCGUUCUGACCGUCGUCUGGAACUACGCGAGCUCGUACUUGUGGGAUCAGCUCGAGACGCACUUCAUGUCCGUCGUGGACAUUCGGACCGAUGAUGAAAUCUACAAUAUUAUCAUGGCCUGGGUGGCUCGUCAAAAGUUCUCGCAAACGGCUCGGCGGUUUGUGGUCAACACGAAUCUGAACUCGCGGUCGUGGUAUCUCCGAUGGGACGAAGACGAAGAAGAAAGCGAGUCGAGAGCGUCUGGAGAGAGGGACAGGAAGAAGAGGGACCUAGCGUUUACGCCCUCCUUUGGCACGCAUUAUUUCUGGUACCGCGGUCGGUUACUUGUGUUCCGGAGGACGUCGAAUCGGGAGCAGAGUUCGCAUAUGCCCGUCAGCGAGCGUGAGGAAAUAUCGGUUUCGUCCUUCGGCCGAAAUCCCUGGAUCCUAAAGGAGCUCCUCCGAGAGGCUCGCCAGAUCUACGCGCAGAAAGACGAGCACAAGACCUUGAUAUACCGCGGCUCGCUCAAGUUAGGUUCUGGAGAACCCGCCUGGCAGCGCUGCAUGGCCCGAUCCAACCGACCUUUCUCUACCGUGAUUCUCAACGAGAAGACGAAGCAGGAUCUUAUCGAUGAUAUCACUGACUAUCUCGACCCCGCGACCCAACGCUGGUAUGCCAAUAGAGGCAUCCCUUACCGCCGCGGCUAUCUACUGCACGGCCCCCCCGGCACGGGGAAGAGCUCGCUCAGUCUUGCCUUGGCGGGUUUCUUCAAGAUGCGCAUCUAUAUCGUCAGUCUAAGCUCCGUAAUAGCCAACGAGGAAAGCCUAGGCUCCCUCUUUUCCGAACUUCCUCGCCGCUGCGUUGUCCUCUUGGAGGAUAUCGAUACGGCUGGUCUCACGCAUACUCGCGACGAGAGUCAACCUGGACCUCAGAACCAGAUCGAUAAUAGCGAUUCUGAUAACGAGCCUUCCGGGAAGAAAACAGCCAGCGACAGCAACAAUGAGUCAAACACGAAGAAUACGAGGCUCUCCUUGUCCGGACUGCUCAAUAUUUUGGACGGUGUUGCGUCGCAGGAAGGUCGCGUACUCAUUAUGACGACCAAUCACAUUGAGAAGUUGGAUCGGGCCUUGAUUAGACCUGGCCGAGUCGACAUGGUUGUGAAUUUCGGUCUGGCAGAUACAGCGAUGACUUCGGCCAUUUUCCAGGCUAUCUUCGCCCAAUUGGAAGGUGACAAUGAUCUCGAAGCCACCAGUAGCCCGCCUCUCGAAUCUCAAUCCAAGGAGAGGAUUGAGGAGGAGAAGGCUCGGAAGCGGGAGGCCGAUGAUGCCCGAGUCAGCGCUCUGGCGGACGAAUUUGCGUCGAAGAUACCGGCACACGAGUUCAGCCCGGCCGAGAUCCAGGGCUUCCUCAUGAAGCACAAGCGCAACGCCGAAGCAGCGGUUGCAAAUGCCGAAGAAUUUGUCCAACAGACGCGGAAAGAGCGCAAAGAUAAGGAGCUCAGAGAAGCUGAAGAGAAGCGCAAGGCCGAAGAAGCCAAGAAAGUUGAAGAGGCUAGGAAAGUCGAGGAGGCUAAGGAGGCCGAAAAGGCAAAGAAAGAGAAGGAAGAAGAGAAGAAGGGCAGCGAAGAGGGGAAAGACUCUAAAGAAGAGGCAGAGUGA